AAGCCGCAGCCGCUGCCGUCGUCUUCUCCCCGUCCCCGCCCGCCGGGUGCUGUCGGAGGUUGACAGGUUGAGGCGGGGAGGCGGCGGCGGCGGCGGCGGCGGCAGCGGCGGCGGCAGAGCCCGGCGCCCAAGACGGAGACCCCAUGGGGAACGUAACGAGUCACAGUAGUGAAGACGAAGCGGCAGCCGCCGGGGGCGAAGGCUGGGGCCCGCACCAGGACUGGGCCGCGGACUCGGGGACGACCCCCGGCCCGGGCCUCCCGGCCCCGGCGCUACCGCCCGCCGCAGCGCUGCUGGAACCCGCCAGGCUGCGAGAGGCUGCGGCUGCGUUGCGGCCCACACCACCCUGCGAGUCCCUGGUGUCCAGGCACCACGGUGCACUGUUGCGCUGGUUGGAAGAGCGGCUGGGCCGCGGCGAAGAGUCCGUCACCCUGGAGCAGUUCCGGGAGCUGCUGGAGGCUCGCGGCGCCGGCUGCUCGGGCGAGCAGUUCGAGGAGGCCUUUGCCCAGUUUGAUGCUGAGGGCGAUGGUACAGUUGAUGCUGAGAACAUGUUGGAGGCCCUCAAGAAUUCCAGUGGAGCUAAUCUUCAGGGGGAGCUGAGCCACAUCAUCAGACAACUGCAAGCCUGCUCUCUCGUUCCAGGUUUUAUAGACAUAUUUUCAGAGUCAAAGGAGGGCCUCGGUGUUCACGCGUCAAUGAUACUGCGCUUCCUGCAUCGCAAUCGGAUCUCUAGCAUGGUGAUACCCUACCCGAUGCUGGAGCAUUGCAAUAACAUGUGCACUAUGAGGUCUUCUGUUCUGAAGGAGUCUCUGGAUCAACUGGUACAAAAAGAAAAGGAAAGCCCUGGAGAUCUAACUAGAAGCCCAGAGAUGGAUAAACUCAAGUCAGUGGCAAAGUGCUAUGCUUAUAUAGAAACAUCCUCCAACCCUACAGACGUCGACAAGAUGACAAAUGGAGAAACGUCAUCCUACUGGCAGUCAGAUGGCAGUGCCCGCUCGCACUGGAUUCGUUUAAAAAUGAAGCCAGAUGUUGUGCUCAGGCACCUAUCCAUUGCAGUGGCUGCCACCGACCAGAGCUACAUGCCGCAACAGGUGACAGUAGCUGUGGGGAGGAAUGCCAGUGAUCUUCAGGAAGUCCGAGAUGUGCACAUCCCCAGCAAUGUCACUGGCUACGUGACACUGCUGGAAAAUGCCAACAUCAGCCAGCCCUAUGUCCAGAUUAACGUAAAGCGUUGUCUUAGCGAUGGAUGUGACACUCGAAUACAUGGUCUGAGGGCUGUUGGCUUUCAGAGAGUUAAGAAGGCUGGAGUCUCAGUCUCAGAUGCUUCCGCAAUAUGGUAUUGGUCUCUGCUGACAUCUCUGGUGACGGCGUCUAUGGAGACAAAUCCUGCCUUUGUCCAGACAGUGCUGCACAAUACUCAGAAGGCACUGCAGCACAUGCCUCCACUUUCCCUCUCACCAGGAUCUACAGAUUUCUCCACUUUCCUGUCUCCCAACGUGCUGGAAGAAGUGGACAGUUUCCUCAUAAGGAUAACUAGCUGCUGUUCUACCCCAGAAGUAGAACUGACUCUUCUGGCAUUUGCACUAGCAAGAGGAAGUGUUACCAAAGUGAUGAGCUCUCUGUGUACCAUCACUGACCACUUGGACACACAGUAUGAUGCCUCAUCCCUCAUCUCGUCCAUGGCAUCAGUCAGACAGAAUCUGCUCCUCAAAUACGGUAAACCUCUCCAGUUGACUCUUCAGGCAUGUGAUGUCAAAGGAAAAGAAGAUAAAUCAGGGCCUGAAAACCUCCUUGUUGAACCAUGGACCAGAGACGGUUUUCUUACAGAGACUGGAAAAACCAGAGCAAGUACUAUUUUUUCUACAGGAACUGAAUCUGCCUUCCAAGUUACACAAAUCAGAAUUAUGGUUCGACGUGGUGGCAUUGGUGCCCAGUGUGGAUUGGUAUUUGCCUAUAAUUCCUCUUCUGAUAAAUUUCAUGCAGAAGAACACUUCAAAAGGUUUGAAAAAUAUGACAAAUGGAAGCUUCAAGAGUUUAGGCAAUUUGUAAAAAGAAGCUCCGGAGACGUGAUGGUCUUUGGCCCUAGAGGUCUCGGCCAGCCAGUCCUCCAUCCUGUCCUCGUUCUCCGGCACCACCGGCAGUCGGUGCUGGGUUUUGGCCCCCAGCUUGUGCUCAGGCAGGUGGUCGGGCCUCGAGCCCGGCCGGAAGGUCUUGCUGAGGAUGAUGCGGCCGCUGCCGUCCCGCAGGCAGCGUUUGGAGAAGCCGAAGUCGGACAGCUUGAUGUUGAAGUCCUUGUCAAGGAGAAGGUUCUCACACUUCAGGUCGCGGUGGACAACAUUCAUGUCGUGGCAGUACUUGACCGCCGAGGAGAGCUGGCGGAACAUCUUGCGCGCCACGUCCUCGUGCAGCAGAAGGAAAGUGGCCUAAAAUAUAAAUCUUUUCUGGACUUCGCGGGUCUUGAUUUGCAGAUCUUCUGGAAUUUUUACAGUAAAUUAAAGCAAAACCCGAGGGAAGAAUGUGUCUGUGCCCAAACCCUGCUUCUGCAGCUCCUCCAGAGCUGCUUCUCGGUGCUACAGGGAGAUGCACUGGCUGCCUCUGAGGAGGAAAAGGCUCCAGCCCAGAGCCCCAAAGGAGUAGAGGCUGCCAAGGAGCUGUACACACACUUAUGUGAUGUGGUAGAUAGGGUGGGUGGAGACUCCGUGCCUGUGGAGAUAUUAAAGCAAGAAGUCAGGAAUACCCUUCUCAAUGGGGCUGCCAUCUUCUUUCCUGAUCGACAGACCCGGCGAAACCAUCUCUUCACCAUGAUGAAAAAUGUCACCGAGCAGGAGCACAAGCAGUCCCUGCAGCUCACAUUCCGUUCACUGUGCACGUAUUUUAGUGAUAAGGAUCCAGGCGGCCUUCUCCUUUUACCUGAGAAAAACGACCUGGCCGACAUGAACAUCAGCGAAGUCCUGGCUGUCAUGAACACUCUCCUCUCUGUUGCUGCUCGAGAGUGUGAGCUGUUGAUGCUCAAUGGGGCCCAAGGGGAGGCUGGCUCUGUGCUGUUCUCCCUGUUCUGGUCCGUCCAAGGCAGCCUGCUCUCCUGGUGCUACCUGCAGCUGAAGAGCACGGAUUCUGGAGCCAAAGAUCUUGCUGUGGACCUUAUUGAAAAAUAUGUGGGACAGUUUCUGGCAAGCAUGAGAGUGAUUUUGGAAUCCCUUCUAUCGCAGUAUAGUGGCAAAACCAUUGUAGAGAGAUUGUGUAACUCAGUGUUUUCAAUGGCAGCUCGUCAACUGGUCAUCUUCCUGCUGGACUUCUGCAUGUUAGACAUUUCACACUGCACACUCUUGAGAGAGUUUAGUGCCUUAACAGAACAGCUAAAGAAGCUCUGCGGUGACCCUGCAGGAGAGCUGAAUAAGCUGGAUGUUGAGACCUGGCAACAGGAACAGCCUGUGGUAUUACACACAUGGACUAAGGAAUCUACUCACAACUAUGAAAAUAAUUGCCAUGAGGUGUCUGUCUUUGUUAGCCCAGGGGCUACCUAUUUUGAGGUGGAAUUUGAUGAGAGGUGUGAAACUGAAAAAAGGUAUGACUAUCUGGAAUUUACUGAUGCUAGAGGUGGGAAAACACGCUAUGACACAAAAGUUGGCACUGAUAAGUGGCCUAAGAAAGUGACCUUUAAAGCUGGUCCUCGGCUGCAGUUCCUCUUUCACUCUGACAGCAGUAACAAUGAGUGGGGCUACAAAUUCACCGUCACCGCCUAUGGCCUGCCCGACGUUGCCGUGUCUUGGGGGUUGGACUUACAACUCCUUGUCUCCCGGCUGAUGGGACGCCUCGCCUCCCAGUGCAUGGCACUCAAGUCUGCGCGUCAGUUAGGAAGUAACAUGGCUGUACCUCAGGCAAAAAUGGCAUUAGUCCUAAACUCCCCUUUGUGGAAACCUGUCUUCAGGCAUCAGAUUUGUCCAGAGUUGGAAUUAGAAGCAAGCUGGCCCACUCACCCCCACCAGGAUACUAAGGAGGUUAAGAACAUUCCUGAUGAUCCCUGCCGCCAUUUUCUUCUUGAUUUUGCCCAGUCACAGCCUGCUCAGAACUUCUGUGGGCCAUAUUCAGAACUUUGCAAAGGAUUCAUACAGGCAUGUAGAAAACAGGCCCCAAAGACAGAUAUAGUUGCUGGUUCCACUAUUGAUCAAGCUGUGAACGCCACCUUUGCUGCUCUGGUGUAUCGCACUCCAGAUUUAUAUGAGAAGCUGCAAAAAUAUGUAAACAGUGGAGGCAAGAUAGCCCUGAGUGAAGAGUUUGCACAGGUGUAUUCCUUGGCAGAUGGGAUUCGAAUAUGGAUGUUAGAGAUGAAGCAGAAGUCCCUGAUGAGCCUGGGGAAUGAAGCAGAAGAAAAACGUGGUUCAGAAGCUGCUGAGGCCAACCCUGAGAGCCUGGCGAAAGAGUGUAUACAGAAGAGUCUUCUGUUACUAAAAUUUCUGCCCACGGGCAUAAGUUCAAAAGAAAGCUGUGAAAAAUCAGUGACUGCCGACGAAACUGAUCAUCUGCAGCCACUUGACAAGCGCCAAAGGACAAGCUCUGUGGUGGAAGAACAUUUCCAAGCCUCGGCAUCUCCCACUGAAGCGGCACCCUCUGCCACGGGAGACCGGAGUCCCGGCGUGGAUGUCCAACCGAAGCUGCUGCCCAGCAGUGGCCCUCCUGCUGCUGAAGUGUCCUCUGCCACAACGGAAGAGCCCCUGUCACCUUCCACACCCAGCCGGCGGCCUCCCUUCACGCGAGGGCGACUCCGGCUGCUCUCCUUCCGAUCCAUGGAGGAGGCCAGACCUGUGCCCACAGUCAAAGAGAAAUACCCUGUGCUGAAGGACGUCAUGGACUUCAUUAAGGAUCAGUCACUCUCGCAUGAGAGUGUUGUAAAGGUUCUUUCCUUGAGAAAAGCCCAAGCCCAGAGCAUCCUCGAAGUCCUGAGGAUAAUUCAGUAUUGUGCAGAGUCCCUCGGACAGCCUCACUGCUUCCAUCCACCUUUUAUACUUUUCCUGUUGGAACUUCUGACCUGCCAGAAAGAUUUUACCAAUUAUUUUGGACACUUGGAAGGCUGCGGUGCUGAGCUGCACAAAGCAAUUCGAGAUGCUUACUAUCAACUUGUUCUGUUUUUGGUCAAAGCAAUUAAAGGAUUUAGUAGCAUAAGUGACAGGUCCUUGCUUCCUGCCUUAUCCUGUGUUCAGACAACGCUGCUUCAUCUUUUGGAUAUGGGCUGGGAACCUGGCGAUCUUACCUUCUUUGUUGAUAUUCAGUUACCAGAGCUCCUCAUGAAAAUGUCACAAGAAAAUAUAAGUGUCCAUGACAGUGCGAUCAGCCAAUGGAGUGAAGAAGAUGAGCUUGCGGAUGCCAAGCAGAACUCAGAAUGGAUGGAUGAGUGUCAGGAUGGCAUGUUUGAGGCCUGGUAUGAAAAAAUAGCCCAGGAAGAUCCAGAGAAGCAGAGGAAAAUGCACAUGUUCAUUGCUCGCUACUGUGACCUGUUAAAUGUGGACAUCUCUUGUGAUGGGUGUGAUGAAAUUGCCCCCUGGCAUCGCUACCGGUGUCUGCAAUGUAGUGACAUGGAUCUCUGCAAAACUUGCUUCCUAGGUGGUGUAAAGCCUGAGGGCCACGGAGAUGACCAUGAAAUGGUGAACAUGGAGUUUACCUGUGACCACUGCCAGGGUUUGAUCAUAGGCCGGAGGAUGAAUUGCAAUGUGUGUGAUGACUUUGAUCUUUGCUAUGGAUGCUAUGCAGCAAAGAAAUAUUCCUAUGGCCAUUUGCCUACCCACAGCAUCACAGCCCACCCAAUGGUGACCAUCCGGAUCAGCGACCGGCAGAGGCUCAUCCAGCCCUACAUCCACAACUACUCCUGGCUGCUCUUCGCUGCUCUGGCGCUCUAUAGCGCCCACCUGGCCAGCGCGGAGGACGUGGACGGGGAGAAGCUGGAACCCCAGGCCCGCAGCAGUGCCACGACCCUGCAGAGCCAGUGCAUGCAGCUCGUCGGGGACUGUCUGAUGAAGGCUCACCAGGGAAAAGGUCUGAAAGCUCUAGCUCUGCUUGGUAUAUUGCCAGAGGGUGACUCCACCCCAGAAAAUCAGGCCCUGCCAGUCACUGUGCCCACCCAAACAUCAGAGGAGCAGCUAAAGAAGAAAGUAGCCCAGGAUGCUGAGGCGCUGUCAGAGAGAAAGAAAGCUGUUCAUGUGGAAGUCAGACCUUUAGAUUAUAAGCAGAGAAAAAAGGCAGAUGAAGGCAUGUCGUUAAUGAAGGAUCCUUCAUGCCAGACCCAAAUUUCAGGUUCGCCUGCAGAUGCUAGCCCACCUACAGAACUUCCGGAUCCUGAAAAUUCAGAAGCGUCAUCUCAGAAGCCAAUAGAGGAAAAGGCAGUUACUGCAAGCCCUGAGCAAGUGUUUGCUGAGUGCUCCCAGAAGAGGAUUUUGGGUUUACUAGCAGCCAUGUUACCUCCCUUAAAGUCGGGUCCUACGGUUCCCCUGAUAGACCUGGAGCAUGUCCUCCCACUGAUGUUUCAGGUCGUCAUCUCAAACGCAGGCCACCUGAAUGAGACCUACCACCUCACCCUGGGUCUUCUCGGCCAGUUAAUCCUUCGUCUUUUACCAGCAGAGGUAGAUGCUGCGGUGAUCAAGGUCCUCUCCGCCAAACAUAACCUGUUUGCUGCAGGGGACAGUUCCAGUGUGCCAGACGGCUGGAAGACCACCCACCUGCUCUUUAGCCUGGGAGCUGUGUGUCUGGACAGCCGGGUGGGCUUGGACUGGGCGUGCUCCAUGGCAGAGAUCCUGCGGUCACUCAACAGUGCCCCACUGUGGCGUGAUGUCAUUGCCACUUUCACAGACCACUGUAUCAAGCAGCUGCCUUUCCAGCUGAAGCACACCAACAUCUUCACCCUGCUCGUGCUGGUCGGCUUCCCCCAGGUCCUCUGUGUGGGAACCCGCUGUGUUUAUAUGGAUAAUGCCAAUGAGCCCCAUAAUGUGAUCAUCUUGAAGCACUUCACUGAGAAGAACAGGGCUGUGAUCGUUGAUGUGAAAACUCGGAAAAGGAAAACAGUAAAGGACUAUCAGCUGGUCCAGAAGGGAGGAGGACAGGAAGGCAGUGAUUCUCAGGCCCAGCUCAGCCAAUACUCCCAGCACUUUGCCGUCAUUGCCAGUCACCUUCUGCAAACCAGCAUGGACAGCCAUUGUCCUGAGGCAGUGGAAGCAACUUGGGUCCUGUCCCUGGCCCUCAAAGGAUUAUAUAAGACACUAAAGGCUCACGAUUUUGAAGAGACCCAUGCUACCUUCCUUCAGACUGAUUUGCUGAAGUUGCUGGUGAAAAAGUGUAGCAAAGGGACCGGCUUCAGUAAAACGUGGCUCCUCCGGGACCUGGAAAUUUUGUCCAUCAUGCUGUAUUCCUCAAAAAAAGAGAUCAACACUUUGGCCGAACAUGGAGACCUCGAACUGGACGAGCAAGGGGACCCAGAGGAAGAGGUAGAGCGGCCAGUCAGCAGCCCUGGUGACCCGGAGCAGAAAAAGCUAGACCCUCUUGAGGGCCUGGAUGAGCCCACCAGAAUAUGUUUCUUGAUGGCUCACGAUGCCCUCAACGCCCCUCUGCACAUUCUCCGCGCCAUAUACGAACUGCAGAUGAAAAGGACCGAUUCUUUCUUCCUGGAGGUUCAGAAGAGGUUUGAUGGAGAUGAGCUCACCACAGAUGAAAGGAUACGGUCGCUGGCUCAGAGGUGGCAGCCCAGUAAGAGUCUGAGGCUGGAAGAGCAGAGCGUCAAAGCUGUGGAUACAGACAUGAUUAUCUUGCCGUGCUUGUCCCGGCCUGCACGCUGCGACCAAGCCACUGCUGAAUCAAACCCGGUGACCCAGAAGCUGAUCUCCAGCACCGAGAGUGAACUGCAGCAGAGCUACGCCAGGCAGCGCCGUAGCAAGAGUGCUGCCCUCCUGCACAAGGAGCUGAACUGCAAGAGUAAGAGAGCUGUCCGGGACUACCUCUUCCGCGUGAAUGAGGCCACAGCCGUCCUGUACGCCCGCCACGUGCUCGCAUCCCUGCUCGCCGAGUGGCCUGGGCAUGUGCCAGUGAGCGAGGACAUCCUGGAGCUCAGUGGCCCUGCUCAUAUGACCUACAUUUUGGAUAUGUUCAUGCAGCUGGAAGAAAAGCAUCAGUGGGAGAAGAUCUUGCAGAAGGUGCUCCAGGGCUGCCAAGAGAACAUGCUGGGGACCAUGGCCCUGGCUGCCUGCCAGUUCAUGGAGGAGCCGGGAAUGGAGGUGCAAGUGAGGGAAUCGAAACACCCGUAUAACAACAACACUAACUUUGAGGAUAAAGUUCACAUUCCUGGUGCCAUCUACCUCUCGAUCAAAUUCGAUUCUCAGUGCAACACAGAGGAAGGCUGUGAUGAAUUAGCUAUGUCCAGCAGCAGUGACUUUCAGCAGGAUCGACACAAUUUCAGCGGGUCUCAACAGAAAUGGAAAGAUUUUGAGCUUCCAGGAGACACUCUGUAUUACCGCUUUACCUCCGACAUGAGCAACACCGAGUGGGGCUACAAAUUCACCGUGACGGCUGGUCACCUGGGGCGCUUCCAGACAGGAUUCGAGAUUUUGAAGCAGAUGUUGUCAGAAGAAAGGGUUGUGCCUCACCUCCCGUUGGCAAAAAUCUGGGAAUGGCUGGUGGGCGUGGCCUGUCGCCAGACUGGCCAUCAGCGACUAAAAGCCAUCCACUUACUUCUGAGGAUUGUGCGGUGCUGCAGCCACAGCGACCUUUGUGACCUUGCGCUGUUGAAGCCCCUGUGGCAGCUCUUUACCCACAUGGAGUACGGCCUGUUUGAAGACGUGACGCAGCCCGGCAUCCUCCUCCCCCUGCACCGCGCCCUCACCGAGCUCUUCUUCGUCGCUGAGAACCGCGCCCAGGAGCUCGGCUUGCUGCAGGACUACCUGCUGGCCUUAACCACCGACGACCACCUUCUCCGCUGCGCAGCACAGGCUCUGCAGAACAUUGCUGCCAUCAGCCUGGCCAUCAACUACCCAAACAAGGCAACCCGCCUCUGGAAUGUCGAGUGUUAGCCCUUGGUGUGGCGUGCAUGGGACUAGCUAAUCUGCCCACAGGGAUUUUAGAGCAGACAUCUAACUUCAUUCAGGAAAACUCCUGUGGCAUCAGCGCCCAGCUCUCCUCGAGCUCACUUCCACUCCAGUUAGGAUG